UACAGUCGAAGUGACGCCGCGGCAUACGAAUGUGAAUUGAAAAAACCGACAAUUGUUGUUGCUCGCCGAUUAAUUGAGAAUAAUAAUAAAAGAACAACAAGGUACUGCACACAAGCAAACUCGAGCAAUAAUUAGUUAAAAGAAUUGUGUGGCAGUAAAGCAGCGAACAUACUAAAAAGCCGUGAAAAAAAAAACAACAUAAUAUACUAGAGUAAUAGCCGUACUCACGCACACAUACAAUACACAAAUACACAGACAACAUGACCAAUCAACUAAACCCGGCCACCUAUCGCAAAUUCAAUAAUUUGCUCAGCAGCGGCGCUGUUACCGUCACCGGUCCCGGUCAGCCGCGUGUAUUGAAAACGACGCGGUUAGCAUCCGCCGGCGGUGGCUCCAGCGUUGCAGCUGUCUCGCAGCAGCAAUUGGAUUCAGAUGCGGGCGCACGUUGUUACAUUUGUGACGAGCUGCUACAGCUGAAUCAAACGCAGACAUCGCUUACGGAAAUGUGCACCACGCACACAUCAACCAAGUUUCCCAACAAGCUAGCGCAGCUAGUGGGCGAGGGAUUCCUCGUAAUAGUAUGCAAUGAGGAUUUCGUUUGCUCGCGCUGCACUAAUCUGGUCAAUUACUACGAUCGUUUGGAGAACGAUGUGGAGCGUGUCAAGUCCAAUUUGCUCAACUUGCUGAACAAAAAGUAUGGCAUUAACGAAGACAGUGGUGGCAACGUGGCCGAGGCGGCGGGAAGUCCGCCGCUCAAGAUGCAAAAGAUGCAGGGUGGCGCUGCCAGCCGAUCACUGGAGGAUUCCUCUAGCGGCAACGAGCUACUGCGCACACGCAAAGUUGUGCAGCAGUCCACACCAGUGUCGCAGCAGUUGAAGCUAGCGUCGACAACGCCACAGACGCAGGUGCAGCGCAAGGCAACAAAGAUCUACAAGUGCACAUCGUGCGAUUACAAGACCUCGGACAUGCGGCUGUUCAAUACGCAUUACGAGACCUGCAAGCAGCAGACAUUUCAGUGCAAGACCUGUCGCAAGAUCUUCCCACAUUUUGGCGCCAUGAAGCAGCACAUGGUGCGUGACCACAGCACCGCCAUGGACAAUACCUGCGCCAUGUGCCACAUUAACUUUGUAAACGAGGCCAGCCUACGCAAGCACAUGGAGUCCAAUCAUGCCACCAAUGUGCUCGUGACCAGCACUACCACCAUACCAGCGGCUGCAGCUCAAGUUACUGCAGCUGCUGUUGCUGCUACCACCGCUGCUGCGGCGGAGUCGAUUGCUGGGUCUGCCUUGUACACAUGCAAUCACUGUCAGUUCAAGUCCACGGACAAAGGUGUCUUUGAUGACCACAUGCGGAAGCAUUCUACCGGCAAGCCGAAGCCGUUCAAGUGUCGCCUCUGCUCUCAGCGCUUUGAGACACGCGAAGCGGCCACCGUGCAUGCCAAGCAGCAUCAGACAAACUACUUCAAGUGUAGCCAGUGCUCGCUAACCUUCUCCAAGCGCGAGCUGCUCGUCAAGCAUGCCGAGAUGCAUCAGCAGUCUGCGGAGAAGCACAGUACAACUGGCGGCGCUGCUAGCAACACCCAGAAGCUACUCCAAGAGACCAUUGACGAGGCGCUAAGCGACAGUGUACCCGCCCAGGCAGGCGCAACAGUUGUAGCUGGUGCAGCUGAGGCUGAGAACAACAUACGCUUCUUCUCCUGCAGCAUUUGCUCGUUGACCUUCAUCCAGGAGACGUACUACAACCACCACAUGGAGACACACAGACGUGACAAGAAGAGUGUCGCUGCUGCUGGUGGCACCACAGCACUUAAUUCCGCUGCCACAGCACUGCUGAGUGACGAGCCCAACGAUGGAGGCGUCGGAAUGAAGGAUGAAACUGGCGAGCAGAAUGCUGAGGCGGAUAUUGAGAGUCUGUUCGAGAAGCUGCACUCGGAGAAGAGCGAAGGCGAGAAGAUCGCUGGCAAGAACGAGAUGGUUAUCACAUCGCAAGAUGGUACAGGUGGCAUCACCUUCAACAUAACCAUACCACAGAUGGAGGCCACUGGCGAGCAGGCCGAGAAGGAUUCGCCCAAUUCACAGACACCCGUCUCGGUGAGCAUUGACAUGCCCAAUCUGGAUCAGGCCGAAGAGGAUGAGUCUCAAUCCCAAGGCAGCAGUGACAGCAAACCCACUGAAGCCGACAACAAAUCCAAUGCACCUGUGUCCAUGCCCAGUUUAGAUGAUGAUAAUGAAGCCACUGCCAACAGCACUGUGGACAGCGUAGACAGCAAGCCAGCCAGCGGUAAAUCAAGCGACAAAGCCGGCAGCAAGACAGAGUCGGCUGCAGGCAAAGAUAAGCACAAGGAAUCUGCGGAAGAGUCUGCCGAGGCACAGGCUGAGAAACGCGAAGCUGCAGAUACACCCAACACGGAGCAGUCAGCCGAGUCUGCAGCCGCUGCUGAAGCUAGUGAGUCUGAAGCCGCCACCGCCGCUGAGGCUGAAGCUGCCGAGGCAGCGGGUGGUGAGCAACACGUAGCCAUGGAGUUGGAUGAAGCCAUGCAGGCUCAAGUGGAUGGCGGCCAGAUCAAGUUUAUUGUCAAUGAGAACGGACAUCUGUUGCAGCUGGACAACCACAUACUGACCGAUGCGGAGGGCAAUCAGAUCAUAGUGCAGGACCCAGAGCAAAUACAGCAGCUGCUGCAAAGUGUUGGCGUGCUUCAGUCCGGCGAGGGUCUGGAGGGCGAAACGCUGCAAAUGAUGACCGAUGGCAAUGGCCAGAUGGUGCUCGUGCAUGGCGAUAACAAUGAGCAACAGCUUAUUGAUGCCUCGUUGCUCAACUCUGAGGGACAGCUCAUUAUACAACAGGGCCAGGACGGCGAGGAGGGUCCACAUGUCAUCAGCGAGGACGGCACACGCAUACCCGUGUCUGUGUCCUACACCGAAGAUGGACAACCCAUAGUGCAAGUUCAACAGCAAGUGCUUGAGCAAGCGCAGAGCAACGAGGAGGAAAAAGAAGACAGCGCAGCUGCUGGCGAGGAAGCAGCCGAGGCAACACAGACAAGCGAAGCGGAGACUGCAACCACCACAGCGGCAGCUUCGGUGGCCACCACAACAGCCACAAGCAGCGCUGGUAGCAGCGCCAGUUUCUACGCGCUCGAAGAGUUUGCCGAAACGAAGACGGACUAGGAUUGGGAUGAACCGUACACGAUAGUGGAGUAUAAAAGCGGAUGGUGUUCACCAAUUUGACUUUAGAUAGGCGUUACCAAAUCCUUGGAAGGCUUUGGCGUACACAUUCAUUACAUAUACAAAAAAAAAAACAUGCAUUUCAUAUAGACAGACACACACACACACUUACACAUACAAACGUACACAUAGCAUACAUACUUUUAGCAUAUGUAUUAAGACUCCAGUUGACAGCAAAUUCGAACCGAAUUAUUGCUUGGAUUUUGGCUUCGAUUCGAUAAUUGCGUGAAAAUCAUGUUCAUGGCUAAACAUGUAUAGGAUUAGAUUUUAGCAUACAAAAUAACAAA